CGUGCUUUGGGGUGGCCGGCUGGGGUCUGGAAGUGUCAGCUGCGGCCGCGGCCCCGGCGGGAGAUCGAGUAGGAGGGAGCACGCGCCCGCUGACYGCGAUCGCUGGCAGGGGGCGGUGUGCUAGCGGAGCAACAUGCACAUAGGCGCCCGGCGCCCUGACGACCCCUCCUGUGGAAAAGAGGCCGGGGCCGCGCUGGGGCGGCGGAGAGCAUGAGGGAGGCCGGGGGGCGGCUGGGCUGGGAGCGCUGCUAGGAGAGGCGUGCGCUGCACAGUCGCCGGGGCGCGGCGGAGGGCGGGGAGCAGGGCAGGUCCGCCAGCGGGCGAGAGUCGACMGCCGGGAGCUGUUGUGAUUUCCGACACGGGAGCGAGGGGCCCGGAGCAACCCCUGACUCCAGCGCGCAGCCGACAUGGGCAACGCAGGGAGCAUGGAUUCUCAGCAGACCGAUUUCAGAGCGCACAACGUGCCUUUGAAGCUGCCGAUGCCCGAGCCAGGUGAACUGGAGGAGCGAUUUGCCAUCGUGCUGAAUGCUAUGAACCUACCUCCUGACAAAGCCAGGUUACUGCGUCAAUAUGACAAUGAGAAAAAAUGGGAACUGAUUUGUGACCAGGAACGAUUCCAGGUGAAGAAUCCUCCCCAUACAUACAUUCAAAAGCUCAAAGGGUAUCUGGAUCCAGCUGUAACCAGGAAGAAAUUCAGAAGGCGUGUACAAGAAUCUACACAAGUGCUAAGAGAACUGGAAAUCUCUUUAAGAACUAACCACAUUGGAUGGGUCAGAGAGUUUUUGAAUGAAGAAAACAAAGGCCUUGAUGUCCUAGUAGAAUAUCUAUCAUUCGCACAGUAUGCAGUAACUUUUGACUUUGAAAGUGUGGAAAGUACCGUGGAAAGUUCGGUGGACAAAUCCAAGCCCUGGAGUAGGUCCAUCGAGGAYCUGCACAGAGGGAGCAACCUGCCAUCACCCGUGGGCAACAGUGUAUCCCGUUCUGGAAGACAUUCGGCACUGCGAUAUAAUACUUUGCCCAGCAGAAGAACUCUGAAGAAUUCAAGAUUAGUGAGUAAGAAAGAUGACGUUCAUGUCUGCAUCAUGUGUUUACGUGCCAUCAUGAAUUACCAGUAUGGUUUCAACAUGGUCAUGUCUCAUCCACAUGCUGUUAAUGAGAUUGCACUAAGCUUGAACAACAAGAAUCCCAGAACAAAAGCCCUUGUCUUAGAACUGUUGGCAGCCGUUUGUCUUGUCAGAGGAGGGCACGAAAUAAUUUUAUCAGCUUUUGAUAACUUCAAGGAGGUUUGUGGAGAAAAACAGCGCUUCGAGAAGUUGAUGGAACAUUUCAGGAAUGAAGACAAUAACAUAGAUUUUAUGGUGGCCUCGAUGCAGUUUAUUAAUAUUGUAGUCCAUUCAGUAGAAGAUAUGAACUUCAGAGUUCACCUCCAAUAUGAAUUCACCAAAUUAGGCCUGGAUGAGUAUUUGGAUAAGCUGAAACACACAGAGAGUGACAAGCUGCAAGUACAGAUUCAGGCUUACCUGGACAAUGUGUUUGACGUAGGAGCUCUGCUGGAAGAUGCAGAAACCAAGAAUGCAGCCUUGGAGAGGGUGGAAGAACUGGAAGAAAACAUCUCUCAUUUAUCUGAGAAACUGCAAGACACAGAAAAUGAAGCCAUGUCUAAGAUUGUGGAACUGGAAAAGCAGCUCAUGCAGAGGAACAAGGAACUGGAUGUUGUGCGAGAAAUUUACAAAGAUGCAAAUACCCAAGUUCACACGUUAAGAAAAAUGGUUAAAGAAAAAGAAGAAGCCAUUCAAAGACAGUCUACCCUGGAAAAAAAGAUUCAUGAACUGGAGAAACAAGGGACCAUUAAAAUUCAGAAGAAAGGGGAUGGGGAUAUUGCUAUAUUGCCAGUUGUGGCUUCUGGCACAAUGUCCAUGGGGUCAGAUGCAGCACCGGGUAACUUUGUGGGACCAGUUUCAGGGGCUGCCUCCUCGGGACCCUUGCCUCCUCCUCCCCCGCCACUACCUCUAUCAUCAGACACACCUGAAGCAGUGCAAAAUGGCCCAGUAACACCACCUAUGCCUCCGCCUCCUCCGCCUCCACCUCCCCCACCUCCUCCKCCUCCMCCKCCCCCACCUCCUCCUCUCCCUGGUCCUGCAGCAGAGACUGUGCCAGCUCCUCCUUUGCCACCACCCCCUCCUCCCUCUGCACCCCCGCUGCCUGGAACAUCUUCACCCACAGUGGUUUUCAACUCAGGAUUAGCAGGUCCUCCCAUCUACCACUUUCUUCUAGACCUUUUAUUGCUUCUGAAGAGAAAAGUUGGAGGAGUGUCUUCGUGGAACUGUUGGAUUGUGGAAUCUGUGAAAAUUAAGAAGCCAAUCAAGACAAAGUUCAGAAUGCCGGUGUUUAACUGGGUUGCUCUGAAGCCUAAUCAGAUCAAUGGCACAGUCUUCAAUGAAAUUGAUGAUGAGCGAAUUCUGGAGGAUUUAAAUGUAGAUGAAUUUGAGGAAAUAUUCAAGACAAAGGCACAAGGUCCUGCCAUUGAUCUUUCUUCAAGCAAGCAGAAGAUAACACAGAAGGGAUCAAACAAAGUGACAUUACUAGAAGCAAAUAGGGCCAAAAACCUUGCCAUAACUUUAAGGAAAGCUGGAAAGACUGCUGAUGAGAUAUGCAAAGCAAUUCAUGUAUUUGACUUGAAAACACUGCCUGUAGACUUUGUAGAGUGUUUGAUGAGGUUCUUGCCAACUGAGAAUGAGGUAAAAGUGCUUAGGCUUUAUGAACGGGAAAGGAAGCCCCUGGAGAACUUGUCGGAUGAAGACCGUUUCAUGAUGCAGUUCAGUAAGAUUGAGAGGCUCCUGCAGAAGAUGACCAUCAUGGCCUUCAUUGGGAACUUUGCUGAAAGCAUUCAGAUGUUGACUCCUCAACUGCAUGCAAUUAUAGCAGCAUCUGUCUCUAUAAAGUCAUCCCAAAAACUCAAGAAAAUUCUGGAGAUCAUUCUGGCCCUUGGAAAUUAUAUGAAUAGCAGUAAACGAGGAGCAGUUUACGGAUUUAAACUUCAGAGUUUAGAUUUGCUCUUGGACACAAAGUCAACAGACCGAAAGCAAACGCUGCUGCACUAUAUAUCGAAUGUUGUAAAAGAAAAAUAUCACCAAGUGUCUCUAUUCUAUAAUGAGCUUCAUUAUGUGGAAAAAGCUGCUGCAGUCUCCCUGGAGAAUGUUCUGCUGGAUGUGAAGGAGCUGCAGAGGGGCAUGGACUUGACCAAGAGGGAAUACACCAUGCAUGACCACAACACACUACUGAAGGAGUUCAUUUUCCACAAUGAGGCGAAGCUCAAGAAGCUGCAGGAUGAUGCCAAGAUUGCACAGGACGCCUUUGAUGACGUGGUGAAGUAUUUUGGAGAAAAUCCCAAGACAACACCACCAUCCGUCUUCUUUCCCGUCUUCGUCCGGUUUGUGAAAGCCUAUAAGCAAGCAGAAGAUGAAAAUGAACUGAGGAAAAAGCAGGAACAAGCUCUCAUGGAAAAAUUGCUGGAGCAAGAAGCUCUGAUGGAGCAGCAGGACCCAAAGUCUCCUUCUCAUAAAUCAAAGAGGCAGCAGCAGGAGUUAAUUGCAGAGUUAAGAAGACGACAAGUUAAAGAUAACAGACAUGUAUAUGAGGGAAAAGAUGGUGCCAUUGAAGACAUCAUCACAGUCAGGAUGAUAAACUUGGGUAACUGUCUUUUGGAGGUAGUAGCAGCCUUAAAGAAGAAUAAUAUCACUAAAUUUCCAAAUGUUCACUCGAGGAUCUUAGAAACCAGCCAUACCGAAGAGCCGAUGCGGUGAGGAGAAGUGUUAGAAGGCGCUUUGAUGAUCAGAAUUUGCGUUCUGUUAAUGGUGCAGAAAUAACGAUGUGAACCCAAGACCUGCCUGCAUGAAUAGAGGGUGUGCGUGAAUGAAACUGCCCAUGUAAAUUUCAUGUGCUACUAUUUAGCUGCAGCCUUGAACACAGAUAAAAUAAUUCCUAAGGGCUCAGAUUAGCAAAUACAUAGGAAUUUUAAAAUGAUGGGUUCUCCUUUCAACCCUUGUUAACAAGUGCCUAAAAAUGGAAGUACCUGCUCAGAUUAAUCAAAGCAAUAGGAUUUGAUUUGAUUAGGUAUCUUUUUACACUGGUAUGUUAUUCAGUUUUUUAACCAAAAUGUAAAUUUCAUAUUAAAUUCAUUACUUGCCAUUGUGUUUAUGCCAUGAUGGCCCACCCUGGUUUCCUGAUAAGUUGUAAAUAACAUGGAUGCAUCUGCUUGGGGCUUCCUUUGCUGAGAUGUCUUUUAAGGAAUUAAUUUUGUGUUACAGCUACAUCCAUCAACUUUGUGUUUUUAAGGACUUGCAACAUAGAAGAAGGAAAGAGUCACAUAAAGUCCUUCUAACAUAAGCCCCAGUAAAGUGCAAACAAGAUCCAAGUAUAGUGGCACAAGAAGUCACUCAACUCUGCCUCGUUUCAUUCUACCACUUUUGUGCUAGAAUGCCAUACCCUGUGAGACGGUCACUGGUUUGAAAUCCAAGAUGAGGACAUAAAAUGUUGAAUAAGACUUAUUUGCAAUACUGUGUUCUUAAGCUAGAGGCAGCUUUUUAAAUUAUGCAAAUAUAUUUAUUAAAUAACGCUAAAAUUAACCAGUAGUAGGAUUUCUGAGGAUUUUUAUGGGUCAAUCCUGAGAAUAGAAAUUGGUGCCUUGCUCGUCAGGGAGAAGUUUACUAGCUCUAUCAAUAAGCAUUCAAGAUUUUAUCUGUUGUUAGCAGAGUAAAGUUAGGAACCUGGCCUUAUUCUCCUCUCCGACAAUCGCAGGGCUUUUCUUUCCUUUUGUAAAUUGUUCAUGUAUUUCCCAGCUAUGAGGAAUCAAAAUUAAGUUAUUGAAAAGUAUUACCAUUGGUAUUAAAUUUGAAUAAGUAAUGGGACUAAAUGGUCAACUAAGUCAUUGUUAUUUCCUUCCUCUCACGCAAGGCACUUGUUCCAUUCCAAAGUCAAAAACUGGACGGAAACAAAAUUUGUAUUUUUCAUAAUAUACAUUCUGCUUCUGGCUUACCUUCUUGGCACAUUACAUCAGUAUAUUAAUUGUAAAGUUUAUUGUAUAGUAUUUAACCGCUGAUUUUAUGUUGUGCUUAUGUGAACCCCUUGGUGAAGAUCUCUUUUCCUUGGAUAAUGUGUAGUUAUAUCUCUUUUUAAAUGUACAGAUAUUUUGCUAUAAAAUUGGUGCAGUUUUUUAUGGUUUUUACACUUCUCUUUAAUUCCCACCUAAGAUUCUGGGUAAUAUUGUAAAUAUUGUUUAAAAAUGCAUCAGCCUAUGCUAUACAAUCUGAAUGUUAUUUUAACUUAUAGUUCUUUUUUUUUUAAUAUAUAUAUUUAACUACAAGGACAAUUUAGGGAUCAGUUACCACAUUUCACUUUAGUGUACCUAUUUACAGAUUAAACUGCCACCUGCUGGAGCUUUUCCACAAGUACUUUAAAAAGAACAUGCCAAGAUUUUGUCUUUGGGUUAAAUCAACUUUAAUUUUGAUGAAAAUAGCAAAUUGACCAUGACAUGUAAGAUCAAUAGUUGGACCUACCACAAUGCAGCUAUUUCCCAAAGGUCAAAGCUGACAUGCAUAUUAAAAAAUAAUUCUCUGUUAAUGUACAAAUAGACAAUAAUGUUGGCAUGUUCUUUUCUGUGUCUAUUAAUGGGCCUGCUUCUUAGCAAUAUUAGAAAUGUUUUAUAAAAGCAAUUCAUGUUACUUUUCUGGUCUUUCCAUGCCACACAAGCAAAUAAAACUAUUUACUACUA